UGGCUGCAGGCCGCUCCCGGCCGCGUUCGAGAGCGCCCGUGCCCCUCCAGCUGCCGCUGCGACGGCAAGAUCGUCUACUGCGAGUCCAACGCCUUCCGCGACGUGCCCGCCAACGUGUCGGCGGGCUGCCAGGGCCUGUCGCUGCGCUACAACAGCCUGGCCGGCCUGCGCGCCGGUCAGUUCGCCAGCCUGGCCCAGCUGGUGUGGGUCUACCUGGACCACAACUACAUCGGCGCCGUGGACCGCCAGGCCUUCCGGGGCGUCCGGCGCCUCAAGGAGCUCAUCCUGUCCUCCAACAAGAUCACGCAGCUGGACAACGCCACCUUCCACGCCGUGCCCAACCUGCGCAACCUGGACCUGUCCUACAACAAGCUGCAGCUGCUGCAGCCCGGCCAGUUCCAGGGCCUGCGGAAGCUCCUGAGCCUCCACCUGCGCUCCAACUCGCUCAAGAACAUCCCCGUGCGCGUCUUCCAGGACUUGCGCAACCUGGAGUUCCUGGACCUGGGCUACAACCGGCUGCGCAGCCUGACGCGCAACACCUUCGCCGGCUUGCUCAAGCUCACCGAGCUGCACCUGGAGCACAACCAGCUCUCCAAGAUCAACCUCUCGCACUUCCCGCGCCUCAGCAACCUGCGCGCGCUCUACCUGCAGUGGAACCGCGUCCGCGCGCUCACCCAGGGCCUCACCUGGACGUGGACGUCGCUGCAGAAGCUGGACCUGUCCGGCAACGAGCUGCAGACGCUGGAGCCCGGCGCCUUCCGGUGCCUCCGCAACCUGCAGACGCUCAACCUGGACUCCAACAAGCUGACCAACGUCUCGCAGGAGGUGGUGGACGCCUGGCUCUCCCUCACCACCGUCAGCCUGUCCAGCAACACCUGGGAGUGCAGGGCCAGCAUCUGCCCCCUGGUGGCCUGGCUGAGGAACUUCCAGGGCAACAAGGAGACCACGAUGAUCUGCGCCGGGCCCAAGGAGGUGCAGGGGGAGAAGGUGAUGGAGGUGGUGGAGAACCUGAGCGUCUGCAAGAACACGCCGCCGCCCUCCGUCCCUCGGCCCUCCGCCCCCUCCGAGCGCUCCAACGCCGGACGCCCGGCCGUCCCCACGCUCUCGCGGCCGGACGACGGGGGUCUGGCGGUCCCGUCCCCGUCCCCGUCCCCGUCCUCCGCCGCCGGAGCCUCGGUCCCCGAGCAGGACUUUGAGCACGUGUCCUUCCACAAGAUCGUGGCGGGCAGCGUGGCGCUCUUCCUGUCGGUGGCCGUGAUCCUGCUGGUGGUCUACGUGUCGUGGCGCCGCUACCCGAGCAGUGUGAAGCAGCUGCAGCAGCAGCAGCACUCGGCCGCGCGCGCCAAGCGCCGGAAAAAGGCCCGCGCCGGGGCCGGACGUGGGCCGAGCCCGCCGCUGCAGGAGUACUAUGUGGACUACAAGCCCUCCAACUCGGAGACCAUGGACAUGCUGGUGAACGGCGGGCUGCCGGGGCCCUGCACCUACACCAUCUCCGGCUCGCGCGAGUGUGAGGUAUGA